ACCUCAUGUGUCUCUGCUUCUCGCAGCAGCGCCCUCUCCAGCUCGCAGUCCAUCGUCUACAUACCCCAGGACAUCGUCCGAGCCAAAGAGAUCAUCGCCCACAUCAACACGCUGAAGACGCAGGUCAGCUACUACGCUGAGAGGCUGUCCCGAGCUGCCAAGGACCGAUCGGCCAGCGGACUGGAGAGGACGCUCGCCAUUCUGGCUGACAAGACUCGUCAGCUGGUCACAGUGUGCGACUGUAAGCUGCUGGCUUCAGCUAUUCAGGCCCUGAACGCAGCACGGCCGGAGUACAUCGCCUCCAAAGCGUCUCCUUCCGCCGACUCAGAACAAGUGGUCCUCCGUAACGACCAGGACACGCUUCUCGCCAAGUGGAGCGGGCGCAACAGCCGAUCCUCGCUACAUGUAGACUGGCACGAGGAGGAAUGGGAGAAGGUUUGGGUGAAUGUGGAUAAAUCUCUGGAGUGCAUCAUCCAGCGAGUUGACAAACUGCUCCAGAGAGAGAGGAGGCCCAGCGAUGCCAGUCAGGACAGUACCCAGAGUGACCUGCAGGGCGGCGGCAGCAGCAAGAAAGGUGUCAGAGGAAAAAAACGAGCGUUCUGGAUCAACCCAGAAAAUAAGUCAGAGGAGUCUCCAUCAUCAUCAUCAUCGUCCCCACUUCCACCUUCAUCAUCACCUCCACCACCAUCCUCAUCCUCUCUCCCGGCCCUCUCCUCCACUCAUCCUGAACAAGAGUCCUAUGGAAGCCCCAGUGCUGAGGAGGCGUAUCCAGGUGAGUGGAGCGAGGCGUUGUACCCUCUCCUCACCACGCUCACCGAGUGUGUGGCCAUGAUGAGCGACAAGGCCAAAAAGUCCAUGGUCUUCCUGCUGAUGCAGGACAGCGCCCCGACGAUAGCCAUGGACCUGUCUCUGCAGUACCGCCGUGACGUCGUCUUCUGCCAGACGCUCACCGCUCUCAUCUGCGGCUUCAUCAUCAAACUGAGGAACUGUCUCCGUGACAAUGGAUUCCUCCGACAGCUCUACACCAUCGGCCUCCUGGCUCAGUACGAGUCCCUGCUCAGCACCUACGGAGAGGAGCUGGCCAUGUUGGAGGACAUGAGCGUCGGCAUCAUGGAUCUGAGGAACGUCACCUUCAAGGUGACCCAGGCCACCGGCAGCUCGGCGCCCGACAUGCUGCCCAUCAUCACCGGGAACCGAGACGGUUUCAAUGUCCGCAUCCCGCUGCCGGGGACCAUGUUCGACGCUCUGCCUCGAGAGAUCCAGAGCGGCAUGCUGCUGAGGGUUCAGCCGGUGCACUUCAACGUCGGCAUCAACGAGCAGCAGACGCUGGCGGAGAAAUUCGGAGACACGUCCCUGCAGGAGAUCAUCAACCUGGAGAGUCUGUCCAGGUUGAAUUCGUACUACGAGCAGUUCAAAGAAGUCCUGGCUGAGGACUGCCUCCCGAGGUCUCGUUCCCAGACUUGUCUCCCCGAGCUGCUGAGGUUUCUGGGGCAGAACGUUCACGCCAGGAAGAACAAGAACGUGGACGUCCUCUGGCAGGCGGCCGAGAUUUGUCGCCGGCUGAACGGCGUCCGUUUCACCAGCUGCAAAAGCGCCAAAGACCGCACGGCCAUGUCGGUGACCCUGGAGCAGUGCCUGAUCCUGCAGCACGAACACGGCAUGGCGCCGCAGGUCUUCACGCAGGCUCUCGACUGUAUGCGCAGGUAAGACGCCUCCGCGGCACAUU